AUGGAAUAGCAGUUGAGUACUAGAGAGAUACUAAGGAACAGUUUCCUUAAGCUGAUAUUUGAAUUCAUUGGUUCAAUGUUCCUGACAGUGUCAUUCAAUUCUACUCAAAAAGUAGUGCUAUCGGAUCUCGAUGCUGACAACAACUUUUCAAGAAAUCAGACUUCCCUUUUACUAUGUCUUUGGGUACUGAUUGUAUUCGGAUGGAAAGUAUCCGGCUCACACUACAACCCAGCAAUUUCCUUUGCAUUCAUGUUGAGAAGAGAUGUUGGAAAAUUCCCAAGACCUCUUGGAAUUGCCUAUAUUCUUAUUUAGUUCCUAGGAGGUUUCGUUGGAGCUUUACUCUCAUGGUUCUUGAGAACUGACCCUGGAGCUUCAGGCAAUAUUUACAUAUAAAAUUCUUCAUAUUUCUUCUAUGCUAUGGUUGCUGAGACAUUAGGCUCAUUCUUAGUAGUCUUUUUCUAUUUAACUCAAACUGAGAAAAAGACAGUAUUCUCCUAAGAGUAAGCAGUAAACUGCUUUAUCAUUGCAUCUGCGUAUAUUGGAGCAAGAGCAAUGCUAAAUGGCACAAAGAUCACUCUUAGUGGAGCAGUCUUAAAUCCAGCUAUCGGACUGGGAACUUGCUUUACUUAAUUAUUUGAUACUGGUGUCGAUCACUUUACCUGGGUAUGGAUUUAUGCUUUAAUGCCAUUUGUUGGAGCAAUCUUAGCAGUAUUAUUCCAUGAGUAUGUAUUCAAGAAGACCUAAGAAGUCUUGCUGGAGGAAGAAGAGGAUGAUCAUGAUGAGGGAGUAAAUCUAUUAGACAAAUGA